AUGUCGAAUUACAGCAAGCUCGGUCAGUUUGAUCCCGAAUAUGCCGCUAUAGUGACUGCGUUGCCUCCGCCGCCUCCGCCUGAGAAGCAGAGGGACCAUUCUCGUUUGCGUGAGCAGUUUAAUGUGCGCGUUGUUGGGAUGACCAAGGACACCCUGAGACCGCAUCUUCCUCCGGAGGAUGCGUAUACUGUGGCAGACCACCAUGUCCAGGUUGAUGAUGGGGAAAUACUCGUACGCUGCCUGACACCUCGCGGUUCCGAGGACAUCUCCUUCCCUAUGUUACUUUGGAUUCACGGUGGAGGAUGGAUCGUGGGCAACGUGGAGCUUGACGACUACUAUCUCAGAAUCAUCUGCGUAGAAUUCCAAAUCGCUAUAAUCAAUGUCGAGUAUCGCCUCGCACCAGAACACCCAUCCCCCAUCGGUCUCAACGACUGCUAUGCUGCGCUGAAAUGGGUACCGUACUCGCGAGGCCAGCUGACAUUCUCGCAGACCGUCAACAAUCAGGCGCUUUUUGGUGGCGACAUCUCGCGCGGCUUCCUGGUAGGAGGACAAUCGUCGGGAGGCAACUACGCAGCGGUUCUCGCCCACCGUGCCCGAGACGACCCAUUCUUCGAGAACCGCAGGCUUAGCGGAACCAUAUUGCAGAUUCCUAUCGUAUUGCAUCCAAAGGCGUAUCCUGAUAAGUACAAGGGCGAGCUGCUCUCCAUGGAGGAAUACCGCGGUACCUCGCCGUCGUUAAAUGGAGAGCGGGUGGAGGCCUUCUGGGCGGAUUUAGGCGCAGAGCCACUCAAUCCCGAGUGCUCGCCUUUCCUGUAUCCCUCGCACGCGGGUCUCCCACCAACGUACGUGCAGGCGUGCGGACGGGAUCCGCUCCGGGAUGAAGCUCUGGUGUACGAGAGGCUUCUGAAAGAGGACAACGUUCCGACGAGGCUUGAUGUGUAUCCUGGAGUGGGACAUGGAUUCCAUGUCUAUUACCCCACCCUGACCGCAGCUGUGAAGCUCAAUGCAGACUUCAAGGCAGGUUUGAGGUGGCUUUUAGGUAGAGACUCCCAGUAG